AUGCCUAUCCCUCCACAAGUAAGGCAGCGGCUCACAAAUCCGGUCGACGCCUUUUGCGCCCGAGACCGCCCAGGAGAAACCCUACUGGUAGCAGCGCUCGAGAGUUUCCUGGUUUCGCAGCCGAUAUACGCGGAACCGUAUACAUCGGAUCUUCAACGCACCCUGUCGAUACGGUUGGCUUGCGCAACCAACAUCGAGAACGCAAUUCGCGAAGACUUGCCAGAUUACAAACUGACAGCAAUCCAUGCUGCAAUUAUCUUGUCGGUUCCCCUCGAUGAGCUGACCAAAGGCUACCUUGACCCUACAAGCCAAUUCAGACCACUACUCAAGACGUGUCUAGACGGCAUGACUUCUCUAGUCAAACACUUCCUAAUAUCUCAGAAGAGUAGUCUCGCGGACGCACGACAGGACAAUGAGAAAGAUGCAUGCGCCAAUCGAGACAACCAUGCCUGCAUUUUUCUGCACACAGGCAAAGGAGAAGUGGCACAUAUUGUGCCCAUUACUUGGAAUGAAAAUGCAGAUAAGAUUAAUGAGACCCGUUUACCUCUCAGCUGGUCAGGCCUUCUCUUCACCCGAAGCGAAUCAAAGCGAUUAAAGGACCUAUGUGUAAAAGAUGUGGGAUGUUCCGACAAGCGAUGGAACAUGGUCUACCUCAACAGGCAAAUCCACUUCUGGUGGACCCGAGGCUAUCUGGGACUGAAAUUCCAUGGUUGGGUGAAGGCCAGCGAUAACGACACAUCCGAAAACCCAGAGGUGAUUGUCAAGGUACAAUUCCAUUGGCUUGACCGCCGAACGCGCAAUGCCUCUGACGAAAUACCCAUUACGGGUGACGCUUCGAGUAUGAGGGCGAUGGCCGAGAGACAAAUGGCAUUCGAACAGGAUGGGAGCCCUUCUCAUCAGCGCGGCGAGGAAGGUGGCAUCAUCUCAGCUUUUCGGGUGGAUAUGUGCACCCCUAUCGUGUCAGGACAUAUUGCUGAAGUCAAGAUGCCUGAACAGGAUGCCCAGAAGUUCAAAGCACUUCUUGAACUACGGUGGAGUAUCAUACGCAUUGCCGCCAUGAGUGGCGCUGCUGAAAACCCCGAACUGUUGCCUGAUCCCGAGCCUGACUUUGACUGGUAG